AUGGCCAGAUCACGUUCUCGGUCACGUUCGCGCGAUCGCCAUCGACGUGCACGCAGUCGGAGCAGAAGCCGCAAUCGGAGCCGAAGCCGCGAUCGUGAUAGUAGACGACGCCAUCAUGGUCAUGAUCGCAGCAAGCGAUCAAGUCGUAAAAACACAGAAGAGAAGAAUAAGGAUGCUCAGAAGGGAAUCGAAUUGGUCAAGUCACGUAUGCGCUCUGGUUUGGAUUCGGCAUUAAGUCGUCAACAGUUUUCUGGACUGCCAAUUGAGGGAGACUCCAUGAAGGAAGCAAAAAUUAAUGAUUUCGAACUGUCGGUAGCAGAAGCAGCUUCACGACAUCGCGAUAUCGAGCGAAUCGACGAAGGCAGUUUCCGUCCAGCGUCGUUCCAUUCCACUGCUGGAGGUGCUGGUGGCCGAGUGAAGAAAGAAGAUCCCACUGACCGUGAAGCUGUCAUUGAGAAGAAACAGGAUGCUCAUGAUAAGGCGAUGUUUGGACCGAAGUGGCGUGAUCCGAUCACGAAUAAAAACGGAUUAGAAAAUGAGACAGCUGCUGAAGAGUAUACGGAGACAAACAAGGAAAUCGAACUUGCGAAUCCGAGGUUCUCGGCUGAUCCGGCCGAGCGUCAAGCACGGUGGUUAAAACUGUUCCGUGAACGAAGAGCCCAACUUUUGUGUUCAUAA